CAUCUCUUCUCAGUUCUCACGCCAAAUCUGAGAUCUAGUGCAAUCUCUCGCCUCUCGCCUCUCGCCGAUCGCCGAUCGCCGACCGGAGAAGAGAACCCUAGAAUUGUGAUCGCCACUUAGCUCAUCUCGCUCUGAUCCGCAAUUUCGAUCCCAUGAACGCUUCCAAGUUCAUGGACAAGCAAAUCAUGGAGCUCUCAGGAUCUUCGCAGCCGCCCGACAAGUUCUUCGACCUCAUCAACCCCCAGGAGGAGCAUCCUAUCAGCACCGCCGCCGGAGGAGACGUGAAAAAAGAGCAACAGCAUCAGGAGCCUGAGAUCCUUCCGAGCUAUGAUUUUCAUCCCAUCGGAUCCUUCUCGCCCCCAACCAGCAGCGGCGGUGGAAUCGGUGGUGCUUGGCCCACCUGGGGUUCCGUCGACUCUAAACUGGCUUCUUUAAAUCUCAAAAAUGCUGGUACCCCAGAGCCUCAUGGAUUUGCACAAGUUGGCCAUGAGAAAGAAAAGAGUUCAUAUGAUAAUGUAAUUGGAUCUGACAUUGAUUACAUAGUGAAAAAACAUACUGAUAGGCUGAUGGAUGCUAUGGAAGGUAUAAGUUCAAAGCUAUUACAACUUGACAACAGGACUCAUCACCUUGAAAAUUCUUUAUCUGAGAUUAAAAUGACCAUCGCAAAUAAUAAUGGAAGUACAGAUGGAAGGCUAAGUCAACUCGAGAAUAUUCUGAGAGAGGUACAUGCUGGGGUGCAAGUUCUGCAGGAUAAGCAAGAUGUCGUGGAGGCACAGCUGCAUCUUACACAAUUGAAUGCUCCUAAGGGAGAGCUGCAGUAUUCUGAAAGUUCAAAAACUGAGCAGCCUGAAUCACAGCAACAGAUACCUCCACCACAACAGCUCAUCCAGCAAUCCUAUCAACACACUGUCCCAUUAACUCAGCCAAUAAUGCUUCCUUCUGCGUCUGUACCAAAUGCUUCAUUACCUGUACAACCCAAUUCACCACUCCCGAUCCCUCCACUACCUCAAUCACAGGUUCCUUCAGUGCCAUCUUUUCCACGAGAUCCUUACUUUCCUUCGGCAGCUUCACAAGUAGAAGACCCAUCAAAACCAUUUCAAGUCACAGCUCAGCAGCAGCAGCAAGCAACGGCACCUCCCCCACCUCUGCCACAAACCUACCAGUCCUCUCAGCUUCCACAGUAUCUCCAGCCACCACCAUCACACCAACUUGUACAUCCGUCGCCGCAGUCACUUACCAUAUCCCCUCACUCUGAAGAAUCUGUACAUGUGCCUCUGCCUCAGAAUUAUCCUCCGAGCAUCAGGCAACCUGUUCCUUUUCCACAGCAUCCCUCCUCUCAACAGUUUUAUGGUCCCAAUUCCAGCACGUAUGAACCACCUACAAGCAAGCAGAGUCCUGGGUUGCCAUCAUUUUCCUCUAGCUACGGGCCACCUGGUCCUAAUUACUCAGAUUCAUAUGUUCAUACUGGGUUUGCUUCAAGCCAAAGUAACUCUGCCGGGAAACCCUUGCCCUUUGCUUCCUCUGUGCCACCUGGUGGAAGCAGCAAUUAUCCACGUCUGCCGGUGGCCCGUGUCCUACCACAAGCUGCAGCAACUGGGUCUGGUUCAAGUGGUUCUCCAGGAGCCAGAGUACCAAUUGAUGAUGUGAUAGAGAAAGUUACGACUAUGGGGUUCUCAAAGGACCAAGUCAGGGCAACUGUAAGGAAACUGACUGAGAAUGGACAAUCGGUUGAUCUGAAUGUGGUUCUUGACAAAUUGAUGAAUGACGGGGAGAUCCAACCGCAGAAGGGUUGGUUUGGUCGGUGACGAAUGCAGAAAUUUUACGAGUGUAUAAAACUCCUAUUACUGGAUUGACUGAUUUGAGUUACAUCUUGUGGUAGUGUUGUGCCUUCCGAGCACAAUGCAUGAACGUGUUUGUUUGCUGUUGCCUCGAUCAGUGUUUUCCAUAAAUGCUCCAAAUUCAUGGCCAGUUUAAGGUUAUUCCUUAAAUGACAAAUGGAUGGAUAAAUAUGGUUGUUCAAUAGCACUUUACCAUUUUGAUC